AUGCCGUUUCCUGACCGGGAUUCCGAAUGGACGGUGAAAUCGGCUGAGCAGUUUUUGAGGAGUAUCAGACAUCUAGAAAUAGAGCCAGACGAGAUGAUGGUAUCGUUUGAUGUGGUCUCCUUAUUCACCUCCAUCCCAACCGACCUUGCCAUCAGCACCAUUAAAGAGCUUCUUCAGGAGAAGUACGAUGAAACUGAUCAACGGCUUAAACGAACGCACGCCAUCGAACUCCUGGAAUUGUGCCUCAGAACUUUCUUCACUUUCAACAACCGGGUUUACGAACAAAAGAAGGGAACACCGAUGGGCUCCCCGCUGUCUGGACUGAUUGCCGAGGCUGUUCUACAGAGGCUCGAGCGACUGGUCUUCCGUUCAUACUCCCAAAAAUGCUGGGCCCGGUUCGUCGAUGACGGACUUAUCGUAAUCAAGGGGAACGACGCUCAGGCCUUCAAGGUCUUGUUGAACCCAAUAUUCCCCGAUAUUCAAUUUGUCAUGGAAGAGGAAAACAACAACCAGUUGCCAUUACUUGACGAAAAUGUUGGAAGGACGGCUAGUGGGAGGAUAAGAACCACGGUAUACCGUAAGGCUACGAAUACUGGACGCAUCCUCCAAUUCCGAAGUUACCACCUUAUUGGUCACAAAUGCAGUUGUGUCACAGCUCUUUUCCAACGAAUUCAAAGACACUGUAGUGACGACGAUGGGAGAAGGGAAGAAGCGAACUAUCUACAUUGCGUAUUCACAGCCAAUGGUUACACGCGAUCCUUCAUACGUGAGUGCCUACGGAAGUCUACCCGUCAGCGAUUAGACGGUGGGAAGCCGAAGUUUUGGCUCACGAUCCCCUACGUGAAGAAUGUUUCUGAGGCGACAGCAAGAAUCCUGAGCCAUUUUGCGAUUGGGGUGGCCCAUAAAUCGGAAUCCACUGUCAGGCGGCAGAUAAUGAGAAUCAAAUACUAGCUACCGACAACGCAAACAAUCAGCAGUGGUCUACAACCUACCCUGCCAAAAUUUCAUUGCGAGGUACGUUGGUAAAACGGGCAUACCCCUCUGCACAAGAUUGCAUGAGCACCAGCUUGCAGUCAACCGCGAGGAUAAGGUGUCACUGGUAUGUGGUUACAUACAACAGGAGAAACACAGUCUCGCCUUUCGGAAAGCAAGCGGCAUCGGCCGAGCCAGCGACAAGAUGGCCAAACUAGUUCUCGAAAGUUGGUUCUCAGUUGGCACAAUCAACAGAGCCAUUGAUCUACAUCCGAACUACCAGGCGCUACCUACGAGGCGCCAGUCAGUCCAGAGGGGGUCGACGGCACUGGCGAACACAUAGCGGCUCUCUCAACAGUUGUCACUUUCACAGCAGGGGGUGAGAGCCAGCCGGGGGUCAGACGACCGACGUAAGACAUCGGCCCACAGACGCGCCCAAAAAGCCGACCGCAAUUCGGACGUUCAACGACAGCUGAUCAGCCAAUCAGGUUAGGGGGGAGGGCCCAGGGGGACACGGAGUUAGCAGGGACAACGACGACCGGUAAGGAACCAGAGGUCUCAAGAGCGCUCCACCGGUCGGCCACGAAGAGACCAAAGCCAAUCGCCCGCCAGCAGGCAGGUCAGAGUUCAUGCAUCAGGCAUGCCUAUAACUCUGGGCUAGAAAGGAACAACCAUCCCACCAAUAUAAUGAUGGCAUCAAUGAAAGUCCAGAGACGUCAGCACAAAUACUGUGUGGCCCAUGGAAUAGCCUCUUUUUAUUCUUAAUUUGUGGAUGAUGAACGAUAUGUAUAUAGCGAAUGAUUUCAGAAAUUACUCAAUGCAGGACAUGGAGUUAAGUCUGCGGGACAUGAUGUUAUAGGGUCAGACUCUAAAUUUCAAUGAACGUUCGAGUCGGAGACAAUCAACUAUUAUGGAAUGACCAUGUAAUGUCCAUUUUAAAAACACAUAUUACUACGGGUAGUAUGAAAUGUACGUGGUAAACGUAUUAUACACUACUCCCGAUCUACGUACUUACUAAAAGCCCAUACACGUGUUUCGCCAAUAUUCUGUUGAUGAGUGAUACAGCUGCGAGAGAUUCGGCCUCUCAGCGAAUCCCCAAGCGUUCUCUAUGCGGACGUAGGUGUUCGGGAAAUUUUGGGUCUGACCCUAAAAAAGUCAUGUACCGGAGGGGUGUAGGAGUGUCAGCGGUGGGUUUACGUAAUGGUCGUGGUGGUUGCUCACUUGCUUGCAGGUGAGACUGCGCCUAGCGUCCACGUGCUGGCACUCAACUCUCACCUGUGGCUCCACGUAGCUGAACUCUGCUCAGCGGCCACACCCCGGGCAACCGUCUCGACCGGCGGGCUAAACCAGGUGAGGGGGCCCUGUGCGCUGUGCCGUGUGCACAGGGUUUGCGGAUUCCGCUGGAUGGAAGGUCGGAUGGAACCUUGCGUCGGCACCGUCGUGACGUGGUUCGUCUCUGCACGCCGCUGGACAGCCGGUGACGGGAUGGAUCUCCACAUCGACAUCGCCUUGACGCACCCACCUACGCCGUCGGAGACCGCGGCUUACGGCGAUUUCGAGUCGCUCUCCGCUAUAAACCGAAGUCGUGGUUCCAUAGUGGAGUUCGGCCGUGCCACAACGGCACAUGGCAGCCCUAUUCAGGGAUGCCACUGCCAGCCCCCACGAGGGGAAGGGCCCAGAAAAGGUGGCCUAAGCAUUGCUGGGUACCACGCCGUCUCCAGGCUAGCCAGGGACGCACACGUCUAAUUAUGGUCGAAACAAUCAAAAUCGAAACAUCAACAAUACCAAUAAAAACAUACUCAUUCUCCUCAUUCUACCUCUUCUACCUCUUCAUCUGUAUAUUAUUCUGCCUAUUCUUUACCUUCGUCACCUUCUUCUCCAUCUCCUUCCCGUCGCCCCACUCGUUAACACCAGACCGGCACGGUGAACCCGCUCACUCUGGCAGCCUGGAAUGUUCGUUCCCUAUUAGACAAUCCGAGGAGAAACCGACCGGAACGGAGGACGGCGCUAGUGGCACGAGAACUGGCGCGCUACAAGGUGGACAUCGCCGCACUCAGCGAGACUCGAUUCUCCGAACAAAGCCAACUGGAGGAGGUGGGUGCCGGCUACACCUUUUCUGGAGAGACGACCCAGGGCAGAGCGACGGGACGCGGGUGUCGCCUUCGCCAUUCGGAACGACAACGUGGGACGACUGCCCUGUUUACCGCAGGGCAUCAACGAUCGCCUGAUGAGCCUCCACCUGCCUCUCUGGGGAGGCAAAUUCGCUACCAUCAUCAGCGCCUACGCUCCGACGAUGACCAACCCCAACGCCGUCAGAGACAAAUUCUACGAAGACCUGCACGCCCGCUUGGCGACUGUGUCGAAGGCGGACAAGUUGAUUGUCCUUGGUGACUUCAACGUCCGCGUCGGCACAGACCACACUGCCUGGAGAGGAGUGCUGGGUCCCCACGGUCUCCGCGGCUCAAACGACAAUUGUCUGCUGCUUCUUCGCACCUGCGCGGAACACAGCCUCAUCCUGACGAACACCUUCUGUCUGUCGGAGCUAGAGAAGUCCACGUGGAGGCAUCCUCGGUCCCGCCAGUGGCACCUGCUGGACUAUGUCCUCGUCCGGAGGCGAGUUCAGCGGGACGUGCUGGUGACAAAGGCGAUCGCGGGCGCUGACGGGUGGACCGACCAUCGCCUCGUCGUCUCGAAGAUGCGUACUCGCCUACAGCCUCGCAGGAGACCACAAGGUAAGCGACCCCAGGUAAGCUGAAUGUUGCCUUGUUGUCUUUGCCCGUUCACCAUCUUCAUUUCAGCAAUGAGCUAGCUCAAAGGCUAGUCAACCUUCCUAUCGCUGCCGACGCCGCCGCUGCCGGGAACGCCUCCGUGGAGCACCGCUGGUGUCAACUGCGAGACACGGUCCAGUCGACGGCGGUCGCCGUCCUCGGUCGCGUUCCGCGCAAACACCAGGACUGGUUCGACGACAACGACGCCGCCAUCAGAAAUCUGCUUGCUGAGAAGGACCGCCUAGACAAAGCCAACGUAGAUCACCCCACUGAUGUCACCAAAGCUGCCUUCUACCGCAGUCGCCGAUAACUUCAGCAACGACUGCGCGAGAUGCAGGACGCCUGGACUGCUCCUAAAACUGAGGAGAUCCAAGGAUACGCGGACUACAACGCGGAUCUCGACCUCCCGCCAUCUCUUUAGGAGACCAUCAGGGUUGUGCAGCAGCUCUCCAGCGGGAAAGCACCCGGAUCGGACGCAAUCCCUGCUGAGGUCUACAAGCUUGGAGGUCCCCAACUGAUGGAUCACCUGACUGCGCUCUUCCAAGAGAUGUGGCGUCAAGGCGAACUCCCGCAAGAUUUCAAAGACGCAACCAUCGUGCAUCUCUACAAACGCAAAGGGAAUCGCCAAAUCUGCGACAAUCACCGCGGCAUCUCCCUGCAUCCUCCGCAUCCUUCUCAACCGCCUCAAUAA